AUGAUGCGCAUUUCCUCUGCUUCAUUGGCCUUCCUUGUUGGAGUCUUGCCUUUCGCAUUAGCUCAGUCCCCGUUAUACGGACAAUGUGGAGGUACCGGUUGGACUGGUGCAACGACUUGCGUUGCUGGGUCUGUGUGCAACUUUUACAACGAAUGGUACAGCCAAUGCAUUCCUGGCUCGGCUACUACCUCGACUGCGUCGACCCCACCGCCUAGCAGCACCUCUAAGACCUCAACUGCACCAACAUCGACCCCAUCAAGCUCUGUAAAACCAAACUAUUGGUUCAGCUUCGGCGACUCAUACUCACAGACAGGAUUUGACAUCACAGGAACACUUCCCAACGUUGCCAAUCCCAUCGGAAAUCCCGACUUCCCAGGAUGGUCGGCUACUGGGGGCGCGAACUGGGUCGGAUACCUCACAGCUACAUACAACAACUCCCUGUUGUUUACCUACAACUAUGCCUACGGAGGGGCCACAAUCGAUGCCUCCCUGGUUGCACCGUACGAGUCGACAGUGCUGAGUCUGACUGACCAGGUUAACCAGUUCCUGACGACGGUUGCUUCUAAGCCGACGUCGACACCUUGGACGAGCGAAAACUCUCUGUUUUCAAUUUGGAUUGGUGUUAAUGAUAUCGGGAACAGCUACUACCUAAGUGGUGACCGCUCUGCGUUUUCCGACACACUUCUUAACGCCUACUUCGCGCUGGUACAAAAGCUGUACAAUGCUGGUGGAAGGAACUUCCUCUUUGCCAACGUGCCACCAAUUGAUCGCUCGCCAUUGAUGCUCGCCCAAUCCACCGAUGCUCAAGCGCUAGAGAAAUCUGUUAUUGGAACAUUCAACACCAAACUUGUAGCUAAGAUCAACUCUUUCGCCGCGAACAACACAGGGGUCAAGACGUUCUUAUGGGACUCGAAUGCACAAUUCACCGCUAUGUUGAACUCGCCAACUACCUACGGCUUUGCAGAUGCUACAUCCUACGGAUCUGACCCGACUAUGUUCUGGGGUAACAAUUACCACCCAAGCACAUAUGCCAACAAGUUCUUUGGACAGACUGUUGGUCAGAACGUUCUUGGGAAGACAAUCUGGUAG